AUUUUUUAUUUUUUAUUUUUUUAAUUUUUUUAUCUUCUUUAAUUUAAAUAAUAAUUUAUUAUAUAUAUAACUAACAAGGGCAUAAGAGUCUUUUACCACUUAAUGAAGCAUGUAUUUUUGAAAAUGUCUUUUUAGUGGUGGUAAAAAUGAAAAGUGGUACUAUAAAAGUAAUAAACAUGUAAUUUUCCCAAGAAAUAACGGUUCAAGUGUCAUUCUUUGGCUCCGAUUGGAUAUCAUCGCAAAAAAAAAAAAAAAAAAAUUAAGCUAGGCAAAUUUUAAAAUUUGCAUAAUAUUUAUUAGAUUGAUCAAAAUAUUUUAUAUAGUAUUUACAUUAUUAUAAGACAAAAUAAACUAAUUACUACAAAAUGUGAAAAUAACUUAAAAUAUUAAAAUACUAUACUACUUUUCUUUUAAACAUGUUAGUACUUACUAUAAUAAAGAAAUUUUUUUAAAGUUUUUGUUACAAAAAUAACCCUCAAUGAAAAAAAUGACUAAAAUAAGUUUUAUUAAAAAGUAAAAUACAUUUAUACUCUAGAGUUAACUAAUCUUAACUUGAGAUUUAGAGUCAAGGAGUGAGAUUUUGAGGUUAGGUUUUCAAAUUUAAAAAAAUAAAAACUAAAUAUUGAAAUUUACAAAUAAAAAAGAGCUAUUUUGGUCAUUUUUUUUAUUGGAAGUUAUUUUUGUGACAAAAACUUAAAAAUAGCUAUUUGAGAGAAUUGCCCUAUUAUAAACAUUUAACUUAUUUUCAAUAAACUUUAAUAAUAGAUUGAUAUCUUAUAAUAUUAUAAAACAAAUUCUAGUAUAGUUUCAUCAUUAAAAUAUUUAUUGUUAUUUAUUUAAAAUUUGGAAAUGGUGUAUCAUACAAUUUAAUAAUAUAAAAGUGUUUCUUUUCUAAAUAAUCAACUAAACACUUAAUGAAAAUUUCCUUUGAAUUUUGCGAUUUUUUUCAUUUCGCGAUUUUUCUUGAUUGGCAAAAUACUUGUGUAAUCGCGUUUAAAAAGUGAUUCCACCAAUCCGCAAAGUUUCCAAUCAAAGCCUUUAUUUGGGUAGGAAUUUCAAAUUCUUGUUGUUGGUAUCUCGUCGGUUGUCGAAUGUAGAGCUGGGAUCGAAACCCGCUGGUUCCGCCCUGUUUGAUCCGCUGCAGGAUAGAUCAACCACUUUAAAAAAAAAAAAAUUGCGGGUGUGAGUUGAGAUUAUUUUAAACGGGACGAAUGUGGAUCAGCCAAAUAUGAGUUGCAUAUACCCGCCAACAAUUUAAAAACAAAAUGUACAAGAAUUUUUGUCGUAAAAGUAGAUAAAAUAUUAUAAAUAUUUUAUUUUCAUAUUAUUUUUAAAAACAUGAUUAAUAUAUAAUUAAAAAUAUUAUUUUUGAUAUAACUAAUUUACCAGCGGAUCCGGUGGAUUGCCCGUGGAUUUUGGCAAAGCGGGUACGGAUGUAAGAUUUUUUGUUUGCGGAUUAUGUGGAUUAAAUUUUUGAAUCAAAAAAAUAAAUUGAUCUGUGGAAGGGCGGAUUGAUCCACAAACCCUACACUAGUCGAAUGGGUUUGCAUAGAAGGACAAAUGAAUAAUACAUGAAAAUAAGAUUUGAAAUUUAAGGAUUUUCACUAGCAGUAACAAAACCUUCAGUCUUGUAUGCAGAAAAAUUCUAAAUUAAUAAAAUAUUAAUGUAUUUAUCACAAAUUUUAUAAUCACCCUAAAAUCAGUUCAAAAUUUCUUUGAAUCAUUUAAAUUUAGUAUAAGAAUACUCCUAAAUUUUGUAAUUUAUGACAUGUUUGUUUUUGUAUCCAGAUGCUUCAUCUGAAUGUUAAUAUUCAGAUGAUUCUCGUUUGGACAAUAUUGCAUCAUCAUCUAUAUGCAAUAUCUAGAUGCCAAAUCUAUAAUAUCUAGAAUAUUUAGAUAUUUGAAAUGAAAAAAAUAUAGAGUUUGGAUGUUACAUUUUCAUCUUAAAAUUCAAAAGAUUUUAAAUACCUCUAAUAUAAAUAUAAAAUUAAUUAAACUAGUUAUUAUAAUUAUAAUACAAUAUUGUAAUCGAGAAAUUGUAUUUUUCCAUAAAAACUAAAAAUUGCGUUUUUCCGCCAAAAUUAUAAAAUUUAGUUUUCACGAACACCGUAAAAUCAUAUUUUCUCGCCAAACUGUAAAAAUACAUUUUCUACCAACACAGAAAAAUCACGUUUUUCUGUAAAAAUGUAAAAUUACAUUUUUUGCUAAAACCAUAAAAUCAUAAAGUUGUAUAUGCUCAUCAAUAUUAUUAGCCUAGUUGGCAUAUGUAUACUUUGUUAAGAUAAAUAAUUUUCUUGACAACACAAAGAAUAGUUUAUAGUCCCCUUCAAGUAUUUAAAGAUCGUCUUCAUUGCCCUUUAGUGUGUUAUUGACUUAUUUCUCGAACUUAAUUUGGAAUGACUAAGAAAACUAACCACAUAAUACAUAUCAGGUCAAAUGUACAUCAUACAACACAUCAAGUUUUAUACAACAUUAGAAUAGUGGAUUCUUUCAAUAUCACUUUUUCAUCAUCAAUUUGGAGUCAUAUAAGUAAACUACGUGCAAUGGACUUGUUGAAAAAUUAUUUCAACAGUUGAAUAGCCACAUUGAGGCUGUUGAAUAAUUGAGGAAAGUGACGUGGAUUACAUUUUAUUGAAUUCAUUCAACCGGUUGAAAGAAGCAAUGUGGAACCUACAAGAGUAACUUUGGCUUAUUCUCAGCCAUACAAAAUGAGAAAAGUUGUCCACAUUGUAUUUUUUUUUUUGCUUAAAAACAAUAAAUCCGAUUGGUGCAAGUGUCACCAUACUAUUAGCUGUUCAGAUUUCAUAUAUUUUUAUCUCAUCCAAAUUUUUGAGAUCAAUUAUUUUAUUUUAAAUAAUAUUAUUUUAUAUAAAAAUAUAUCAAAAUUCAUAACUUUCAUACUCUAUAAAUAGAGUCUUGGUUCAUUAGGUUUAGACAUAGAGAAAAAAAUCAGUUUUUGACUAUAAUAUUUCUAUAUUCUCUUUUGUGUCAAUAAUGGAUCAAAACAAUAACCUUUUUAAUACUCAAAACUCCACAAAUUAUCCUCUCAAUUAUCAAAAUCUCAACAAUUACCAAUUUCAAAAUUCAGCUUUCAACCAACCCCAAAAUAUACCAAUUUUUUCUAUGGCUUAUGUUCCAAACUAUCGUCCAUAAUAUGGAUCAAUGAUGCCAUAUUCAUUUCCACCACCUUUUUUUAUUCUUCUCCUUCCAUGGGUAAUGAAAAUAUUUUAAACGUUGGAACAAUUAAAUUUCCUGAAUUUUCUACACAAACAACUCCUGGAGGCAUAAGCGGGUCACUCUCAAUGCAGAGGAUCCGCUUCCUACUCGCCGGAAAAGCCCCAAAUGGACUACUGCAUAAAAUUUGGUGUUGCUAGGUGGAUGGAUUAAAUAUGAAACAGACAACAUUGUUGGCAGAAACCAAAAAGUGAGUCAUAUUGGGGACAAACUGCUGAGUACUGUAACAAACAUUGCUCAUUCGAUCUUCCUCAUGAUGGAGGUUCGUGCAUGAAUCAUUACAACUACAUGAACAAAAUAUUGGGCAAAUGGAUUGGUGAUUAUGAUAAUGCUAAACCUAUGCAGCAGAGUGGGUGGUCAGAGAAUGAUGUUUUAGCUAAAGUGCACGAACUAUAGUCAAGUGGUAAGAAUGGUCAUUUCAAUUUAUUGUCAGAAUGGCUCGCUGUCCGUGAUCAACCACGCUAUGGUAGUCAAGUAGGAGGAAAAACAGGUUCGGGAAGUAGUGGGUCUAAGAGAUUCCACGAGAGUGAUGCAAGUGACUCAAAUUACUGUUUGAUUUUUUUAUGCUUUAAUAUGUAUGUUUUUUUUUAUUUAAUCAUGUAUAUUGUUUCUUCUACUUUAAUAAGUGUGUCAAUGCAGUCUGUGACCGUUGGUGCAAAUCAAGGGGGUAAUGUCUCUUUAUGAUUUUUAUGCUUUAUUAAUGUUAUUUAUUUUUUCUGCUUUAAUCAUGUAUUUUUUUAUUUUCUACUUUAAUAAAUGUCUCGAUGCAAUCUGUGACCAUUGGUGCAAAUAAAGGGGCAACGUAUCUUUAUGCAAAUCAAAGGGUAACGUCUCUUUAUAAAUAGAAACUCAUUUUUUCACAUAACCAAAAACACAAAUUUAAUCUUACUAAAAAAUCAAUGGAUCCAUCGGAAUUCCCUUUUGAUAUCGAAGCCUACAAAAAGCAGUCUGAGAUCAAAGAGAGGUAUAUUGUAAACCAGUUUAGAGAGCGUAUAAAAAAUAUAGAGGAGGAACAUGCAUCUCGUAGCAAAAGAAAAUAUUUUAAGAGAGAUCAUGUAGCAGUGAAUCAAAGGAUGAUCAAUGACUGGAAUAAUAUCAAAUGCAUUUAUAAAAUGAAAAAAUAUCUGGUUCACGAAUUAUUUUGCGGAUCAGUUUUGCUUACAAAGCAGCAUCAUGAUGCAUUGUAAUAAUAUCAAAUGCAUAUAUAAAAUGAAAAAAAUAUCAUCACAGACGUGCGGAUCAAAAUCUAGUCUAUUCUAUUAAAAUUGAAGUACAAAAUAAUACUUGACUAUUUUUAAGUGGGGUUCUACCGAUUUUAUUUUUUAUUUUUACUUAUUCUAACCACUUCAUUUAUUAUUUUCUUUUGAUUGUUUUAUUAUAUAUUUUACAUUCCGUUUUCACAUUACCACAUUAAUUGUAUUUACCAUAAUAAUUCAAUGUUAUUUAUUUUACGUAUCAACCACACUAAUUUAACGUGUCACUUAAAUGAAAUUGUUCUAUCAGUAAAAAGAAUUCAACCCGGUUAACAAAAUUAUUUUUAUUUGUUCACAUAAUUAGUUAGACAUGAGCAUUAAUGUAUACUUUCGGACUAUGAUGCACGGGGACGGCAUAUCAUUGACUUCUCACGUACCAGCUGCGUUUCGGGGACGGGUACGGCGCGGGGACAGUGUGGAGACAUUUCCGAAACGUUUCAGAGAAGGUGGGGACGGAAAAGGUUUAUGGGGACAGCGUGGUUAGGUAUUGGAAACGUUUCUGAUGUAUAGUCGGUAUAAUUUUGUAAAAGAUGAUUAUUUACUUUUUCAUACUUUUUUUGAUUUGGAUAACAAUUGAAAAAAAAAGAAACACGUCUUGUAUAAAACAAUUAGGGUUAUAAAGUCUUAAUCCAUCUUCUCUUAAUCUUAAUUAAGUUCUUAUUCUUUUCAUCUUCUUUCUCAAUUGUCAAUUCUCACAUCUAAGGAACACACAGUAAAUAUUAUCACAAACUAUGGUUUUGGUUUUUCAAUGCUCACGUAAAAGAAAGUCUUAGACAAUAUUAAGAUUAGAUAGUAUUUCUUUUGUUUCUUGUACGUAUGUGUUUUUUUUUGUACGUAAAAGCUAAGAAGAGUAUUAGACAAGAAAACAAACUCUAUUUUUUGGUUUGUUUCAUGUUUUCCAGCCAAUUAUAUGCUUAAUGCUUCUCAAGUUUCUUACGUGUGUGUGUGUUGUUUAGGUUUUCUGUAUACAAGCUUCUCACAGUUUUUUUCCAGGUUAUGACAUCUCAAGGAGCAAGUGGUAAUGUUGACAAUGCUUCAGAAGAAGCUCCAUUAUGGAACUACGUAACUAAAUUAGAGAAAUCAGGAGCAAAAGGAGGCACUUGGAAAUUUAAGUGCAAUAUUUGCAACGAAGAUCGACAAGGCUCGUAUUCCAGAAUUAGAGUUCAUCUACUUGGAAUUAAAAACCAAGGUAUUGUUAUAUGUAAGAAAGCAACAAGGAGUCAAAAAGCUGACAUGCAGAAGUUGGAAGAUGAGUUUGAGAAGAAGAAAAACGAGAGUGGUUCUCGAGCACUUCCUUUGCCUUGUGAAAAAAAUGAAACGAAUCCUGCUUCAAAGAAAAGAAAGUCUGCUGAUUCUGCAAUUGCUAGAUCAUUUGGUAUUGAAGUCAGGGAUCAACUAGAUCAAGAAAUUGCAAGAAUGUUCUAUAGUGGAGGUGUGUCGUUUAACCUUGCAAGAAACCCACAUUAUCAUAGGUCUUACCAGUUUGCUGCUGAAAACAAGAUUGAUGGUUAUGUGCCUCCUAGUUACAAUAAGCUUAGAACUACGCUGCUUCAGAAAGAGAGAAACAAUGUUGAAAGAUUAUUGGUUCCAUUUAAGUCAACAUGGAAAGAAAGAGGGGUGGCGAUUGUGUCAAAUGGUUGGAGCGAUCCUACUAGAAAACCUUUGAUUAAUUUCAUUGCUACUUCUUGAAGUGGUCCUAUAUUCUCCAAGGCUGUGAACUGUUUUGGAAAAGUGAAAGAUAGAUUCUUCAUCUCUGGUCAGAUGAAAGAGGUUAUCAAUGAAGUGGGUCAUCAAAACGUUGUGCAAAUCAUCACUGAUUAUGCAGCAAAUUGUAAGGCUGCUGGAGAGAUUAUUGAGAGUACGUUUCCUCAUAUUUAUUGGACACCAUGUGUGGUUCACACCCUCAAUCUUGCUUUGAAGAACAUUUGUGCAGCAAAGAAUGUGGAGAAGAAUGCUUCAACAUAUGAAGAAUGCAAUUGGAUAACUGAUGUUCAUGGAGAUGCACUUGCAAUUAAACAUUCAUCAUGAACCACAACAUGAGACUAGCCAUCUUUAGUAAAUUAUCUCCUCUUAAAUUGCUUGCAGUUGCUGAUACAUGUUUUGCCUUUGUGAUGCUUAAGAGAUUGAAGCUUGUCAAAAGAGGCCUUGAAGCUAUGGUCAUAAGUGAGGAGUGGUCUACUUAUAUAGAAGAUGAUGUGGGGAAAGCAACUUUUGUGAAGGGCAAGAUUCUUAGUGAUGAUUGGUGGGAGCAAGUGUCAUACAUUAUUGAUUACACAAGACCAAUAUAUGAGAUGCUAAGGUUUUGUGACACUGACAAACCAUGUCUUCAUUUAGUAUAUGAGAUGUGGGAUUCCAUGAUUGAGAAGGUGAAGUCUGAGAUCUAUAAGAAAGAGAAACGUCCAGUGAUUGAAGUUAGCCCUUUCUACACGGUUGUUCAUGAGAUUUUAGUAGAUCGUUGGGCAAAAAACAACACUACUCUGCAUUGUCUAGCUCACUCUUUAAAUCCAAGAUUUUAUAGUGAUGAAUAGCUAAGUGAAGAUUCUACAAGACUUGGUCUACAUAGAGAUCUAGAAGUCUCAAGUGAGAGAAUGAAGUGUUUUAGAAGAUUGUUUCCGAGUAUUGAAGAUCAUCUUAAGGUUAUGGAUGAAUAUGCUUUAUUCUCCAUGAGAACUGGUCCUUUUGAGGAUUUAACAUGCAUUUCGAUGAUGUUUACUAUGGAACCCAAGAAAUGGUGGGCUAACUUUGGUGCUCAAACUCCUUUCCUACAGACUUUGGCUUUUAAGUUGCUUGGACAGCUUAGUUCAUCUUCAUGUUAUGAGCGUAACUGGAGUACUUACUCAUUCAUUCAUUCACUUAGACGGAAUAAGUUAAAUCCAAGUCGUGCUAAAGAUCUAGUUUUCAUCCACAACAAUUUACGUUUCUUAUCAAGGAACUCCAAGCAAUACGAAGAAGAAAAGACAAAGAUGUGGGAUGUUGGUGGAGAUGAUUUUGAUUCUAUGGAAGAUAUGAGAUAUUUGGAGUUUGCAAGUCUUUCACUAGAUGAACGAAAAUUGGAGAAUGGAUUGAUGGAUGAUUAGUUUGUUUUUUAUUUUACUUAAGAUAUUAUAGUAAUGUUUUAUUUUAUUUAAAAUGUUAUCAUGGUGUUUUAUUUUAUAUGAGAAUUACGCUUUGGUUUUAAUAUUUAUAUAUAUAUAUAUAUUUAAAUGUAUAGACGUAUCCAUGCCGUACCUGUAUCCAUAAAUUUUAGGUUUAGCCGUUUUCCGUCCCUGCCCCUGUCCCCAUAUCUGCCCCCGUAUCCGUCCCGGUGCAACAUAGCUUUCAGAUAUAAAUCGGUUCUUACGGGUAUAGAGUUUUUAGAUUUUUAAAUUAAACUAUGUUCAGGUAUUAUAAAUUUUCGGAUAGGGUUCGAGUUGGAUUCUUUCGAGUUUAGGUGUAUUUUUAGGAAUAUAAAAAUAUCUAAAUAACCUAUAAUUUUAAAAUGUCACUAAACAGUUUAUAAAAAAAAUAAAAAUUAAUAUCCGUACAGGCGUGCGGAUCAAGUUCUAGCAUGUACCUACGGGUGUCAAAAUGGGUAAACCAACCCAAACCAAACCAUAUCCAAAUGGUUUUAAGCUUAUAUGGGUUAUGGUUUUAACCAAUCCAUUUAAGUUAAUGAUUUAAUGGUUUUAAUGGUUAACUCAUGAACAAUAAUUUUAUAGCUUAAAUGGUUACUAAGUAAAAAUAUUACUUUGGGGCUGAAAACAAAAAGAAUACUUAGACUUUUGAUAAAUACAAUUAUAUGGUUUUGGUGUUAAAAACAAUUUUAUUAUUUUAGCAGAGAAGAUAAUUUUGUGAUUUUAGUGCGAAAACUACUUUUAACAUUUUUCCAGGAAAACAAGAUGUUCUGUUUUAGUGGAAAUACAAUUGUAUGGUUCUGGCAAGAAAACACAAUAUUACAGUUUUGGCCGGAAAAUACAAUAUUGCAGUUUUGGUGAAAAAAGACAAUUUUGCGGUUUUGGCGAGAAAAUUCAAUUUUUCGGUUUUAGUGGGAAAACUCAAUUUUACGGUUUUGCCAAGAAAACAUAGUAUAAAGGUUUUGGCCGGAAAAUACAAUAUUGCAGUUUUGGCGGGAAAACACGAUUUUGCGCUUUUGGCGGAAAAAACUGAUUUUGCGAUUUUGGCAGGAAAUUUCAAGUUUGCGGUUUUGGCGGGAAAAAUUAAUUUUAUGGUUUUGGCGGGCAAACUCAAUUUUACGAUUUUUGCAGUAAAUUCAAUUUUAUGGUUUUCACGAGAAAACACGAUUUUGCAGUUUUGGCGAAAAAACUCAAUGUUACGAUUUUGGCGGGAAAACUCAAUUUUGCGGUUUUGGCGGGAAACUCGAUUUUAUGGUCUUGGCGGAAAACUCAAUAUUACGGUUUUGGCGGAAAAACUCGAGUUCAGGGUUUUGGCAGUAAUUUCAAUUUUAUGGUUUUCACGAGAAAACACGAUUUUGCAGUUUUGGCGGGAAAACUCAAUUUUUCGAUUUUGGGAAAAAAUAAAUCUUGCGGUUUUGGCGGGAAACUCGAUUUUAUGGUUUUGGCGGAAAACUCAAUUUUAUGGUUUUGGUGGGAAAACUCAUUUUCACGAUUUUGGCGGGAAAACACGACUUUGCCGUUUUGGCGGGAAAUUUUGAUUUUACGGCUUUGGCGGGAAAUUAUGUCAUAUGUUCAGUUAAAAUCACUAUCUGGUUUCAGUUUAUUUUUCAAAAUUUUAGGUUUGUAAAAGUUAUAACACAUUAAAAUUGUAUCUUAAUUUAUUUUUUUUAGUUCGGACAACUAGAGUUUGAAGGUCAUUUGGCUUUUAACCAUAAACUAUGGUUGUAUCUAUUUUUAUUUAUAAAAUCUCUCUUUUAUUUUAUAUGGUUACAUAAUGGAUUUUCUAUAAGAUUUUACUAAAACAGAGAAUAAACUAAUUUAGUUUUGGUAAUUUUAAUAUAUCAUUUUAUCGUAUUUUCUGUGAACCCAAUAUUUAUUUUUUACACAGAGGUGCGGAAAAAUAAUGGAGUUGUAAAUAGUUAGAAAUAAAAGAGCAACAUUUAUGUGGAAGCCCCCUAGCGUAUUGGUUAAGGUUUAAAGGCUUCUACACCCAUGUCUGGGGUUCGAAUUCCAGACUAUGCAAUUUCUUGCAGAUUAUGGGAUGCGAAGCUUUCGGAGGUUCCAGAGUACUAUAAGCAGAGCCGUUCGUUGUGGUCGCCUGUUGUGGUGAGAGCCAGUCCAUCGAGGAUGUCGUACAUGCAGAACUGUCCGUGGUUUCAAGUGUUUCGAAGAGAGCUUCAUCGUGGAAUCAUUAUUCGUGAAGCUGUUCAUCAAUAUCGCAUAUGUUGCAGGUAAUUGAUCAUCAUAUGUAAUAGAUUUAAGAUUAUAUGAUGAUGUAAUGUGUUAUCCAACGUUAAAAAAAGAGCAACAUUUAUAAAUAUGUGCUUAUUUAUCUAUAAAUAAUAAUAAGGAUAAGGUUGUUAUUUCUUAAUAUUAUUACAUGUCAGUUCGAUAUUAGCGGGUUGAUCUCUGUAACUAUUUAUUAAUCAUCCCAAAUUCAAAACUCUUUAUCGUUUAUCCAAGAUCAAUGAUUUGAGUUUGCAAUAUUCUCAAACAAUUAACAAAAAGUUAGUCAAAACUGCAAACAAUCACUAAUUAGUAGUCUUAUCGGGUAUGGUAAAGAUUUAAAUAAACUCAUAAAAGUUUAGUCAAAAUUUCCAGAUAAUUUAUUACUUGUAUUUAUGGUAGAAGGUUGAAUAAGGAUAUUGUACUAAUAUGGUAAGAAGAUUAAACAAAACAUUAUAAUAUGGUAGAGCUAAAAAUCAAAACACAUAUGCUAUAUAUAUCUGAAUAACUUAGUCAAGAUUUCUUAUGCGUCUUUUCAACUAACUAAAUAUAACUGGGAUUCAAGAGAUCAUUCAAUAAAGAAUUUCUAUCAGUUUUUAAGGUACACCUGCAAAUUUUAUGAUAAAUCUAAUCACUAGUGAUAUUAUUACAUAUCAUAUUUUUAUAUUGCAUCACUAUCACAGAAUAUAUUAAUCUUUUUCAUAAUAUAUUUAGUUUUGAAAUUAUAUUGAUUUACUUAUAAGAAAUAAUACAUAUUCCCAAUUUGAUAUUUUGAAAGUUCUUUAAAUAGAAAAAUUAUAAUCGUAAAAGGCAUGUAAUUAUAUGUUUUAGAACAGUGUUUGUCCAAAUUUUAUGAUAAAUCUAAUCACUAGUGAUAUUAUUACAUAUCAUAUUUUUAUAUUGCAUCACUAUCACAAAAUAUAUUAAUCUUUUUCAUAAUAUGUUUAGUUUUGAAAUUAUAUUGAUUUACUUAUAAGAAAUAAUACAUAUUCCCAAUUUGAUAUUUUGAAAGUUCUGUAAAUAGAAAAAUUAUAAUCGUAAAAGGCCUGUAAUUAUAUGUUUUAGAACAGUGUUUGUCCAUUUCCGUCGUGUUGCAUAAAUUUAAAUUACAUUUUUCUAGUGGUUCACAUUAUUGUAUAGACUAAGGAAAUAUUUUUUCUUAAUCUCUUGAAAUAUUAAAUUUUCAAAAAAAUAAAUUGUAUAGAAGCAUUAAUUAAUUAUUUGCUUGCAAUUUUUGAGUUUAUAUUACUUAAUGCAAUUUUUGAAUCUCUUUGAUUUCCCAGUUCAUAUAACAGAAUCUCAUUAUUGUUUCUUUAAAUAAAAUUUGGGAGUUCAAAUACUUAAAAUUGUUUGUAAUUAUAUGUAGUAAAAAAACAUUCUGUUAGAUUCUUGGAAUUGAAUGCUGUUAUUCAUAGUAUUAUUUUGAAAUUUACAGGAAUUGAUGUCAAAAGAGAUGGCUAAAAUAAUUCGAGAUGUGCUAAUGCUAAGAGAAGAUCAGGCUCCUAAAGUUGGAGCAAGCCUGAGCCGAUCUGAACCAAGGAAGAUUUUAAUGGUUGGCAUUAAACCUCACAUACCUGACUUGAAUGUGAAACCUUGUUCUGAUUCCGACGAGGAAGAAAAAGGAGAAAUUGCAAAAGAAUUUCAGAAUCUUGCAGGUUUAAAAACUCAUGAUGCCUGUUACGUUAAUAAUAAGCUUUUGUACGAGCUUGAGGUCGAGAUCAUUGCUCGUCUACCAUGCUUUGAAUAUUGGAAACUGCAGUUUCUUAACAAGAAAUUCUUGCAGUUAUUAAAGAGCUGUGAAAUUUUCAGGGUGAGACAAGAAAAGGGACUUGUGAAACCCCAUGUGAUUUUGCAUUCAGGGGCUGUAUCUAAUUGGGAAAUGUUUGAUAAGGAUUUUAAAACCUUUCGGAGACUUCCCAAAGUUCCUUCUUCUGACUAUUGCUUUUUCCACAGCGAUAAGGAAACAAUUAGUGUGGGUACUCAACUAAUUGUCAUAGGGAGAGAAAUAGAUGGAAUUGUGGUGUUUCGCUAUGAGCUAGAGAAUCAUAAGUGGUUCAAAGGUCCUUCAAUGAUCACACCGAGGGUCAUGUACGGUUCUGCAAGCCAUGGUAAAACCGCAUUUUUUGCAGGAGGCAUUAAAAUGGAUGAAAAUGGGAACCCUGUUGUUGUGCAAACUGUAGAAAAGUAUAAUGCUGAUACAAAAAGGUGGACUAUGAUUAACGGAAUGCAUAAAGCAAGGAAAUUCAGCUCAGGAUGUUUCUUGCGUGGAAAAUUUUACGUCCUCGGUGGCCGAGAUGAUAAUGAUAAACACCUCACUUGUGGAGAAAGAUAUGAUGAGAGGACCAAUUCUUGGGAGUUGAUACCUGACAUGCUAAAAGACAUGACACUCAUUGCGCAUUCCCAAUCUCCGCCCCUUAUUGCUGUUGUUGAUGACAAUCUAUACAUGUUAGAAACAUCUUUGAACGAGCUUUGGGUAUAUGAUAUAAACACAAAUAUUUGGAAAAAACUUGGUGUUGUCCCUGUGAGCGCAAACGCUGCCUUCGGUUGGGGGAUUGCGUUUAAAUCGAUGGGAGACAGACUUCUGGUGAUUGGAACUUCUCACUCUUGGCAUAGGAAGACAGUAGUGCACUCAUGUCGUCCUUCUCCAGACGUGGAAGAGCAGCACUGGGAAGAAAUAAAACAUUGGUGUGUUGGUGCUGAGCUCCCACAGUUUAUUCAUAACUGUUGUGUGAUGUUUGCUUAAAGUUUUCUCCAAGGAAAACUUGGAAACUUAUUUGUUUUUGCAUUUGUGCUUAAAGUUGUUGCAUUUGGUUUUAAGUUGUUUGGUUUGUGUUUUUCUGAUUUUUUUGUUUUUCAUUUGGGAUACUAUUGUUGUCUAUGUAAUGGUUAUUUAUUUAUUUUGGUUUUGUUUUUUCCCUCUUGAGCCAAAAAUGUCACUGACAAAAUAGAUAAAACCAACCCAAACCAAACCAUAUCCAAAUGGUUUUAAACUUAUAUGGGUUAUGGUUUUAACCAAUCCAAUCCAUUUGACAAAUGGAUUAUGUCAAUCCAUUUGACAAAUGGAUUGGGUCAAUCCAUAACUCAUUUAAGUUAAUGAUUUAAUGGUUUUAAUGGUUAAGUCAUGAACAAUAAUUAUAUAGCUUAAAUGUUUACUAAGGGUCUGACUGGUUCAACCGCAGCGGUUGCGGUUGCGGUUGCGGGAGUUUGCGAAUGCGGGUGGUUGCGGUUUCUAGCGGUUUUAAGAGAUUUGUACGACUGGUUCUGCGGUUAGAAAUUGGUGCGUUUGCGGGAUACUUAUGACUGGUUAACUACCAAAUGCAGCAGCGGUUAA